CGCACCCUCCUGRCAACCGUAUCCCACCAACACAAACCUUCCCGUCGAACAUGCCCAGGAUUAUCGGUGGAAGAACAAAAUUUCGAUCCGGAUCAUCCCCCUCCCAUACUACAGCAGCAAUCACCAGCAGGAGUUGCCCUACCUCCUCCCGCUCUUCGAGGCUCCCAAGAAAACAAAGAUUCCGCGCCAUCCAAUCUAGCUAUCACAACAAGCUCCCCGGAACUUUCGCUUCCUCCGGCAACCUCAACUGCCUAGCCACAAUCGCCGUCGGAGCGAUCAUGACCUUCUCCUCGGCGCACACAAACGUUGCCAGUGCCUUCGUGGCACCACCAUCGGCGGUGCAACCUUCAACUCGGGUCGCCGUGGACCCUUCGUUUCCGAAGAUAAUACAGCAGCAGCAGAAGCAGGCCGGGAACGGUGUUGGUGAUGCGUUGUCGGACACGAUCCCACCGGGAAGGUCCAGAUAUGACUUUCGCGACUGCCACUCGAUAGAUAUAACGGAAUACACGAGCUCCUCCUCGACGUCAACGUCGACAGUCUCGGGCCGGAUCGACGGUAGCAUCCUCGACUACAACUACGAGACGGAAAUCCGGGAAAAACUCACCUUCAACCCCGACUACGCCGAGUUUCCCUGUCCGGUCGAGAAAAUCCGGGACGGGGAAAUCCCCACCCUCGAGGACRUCCUGCUAGACGCCAAGCGGAAAAACAACGACCCCGGCCAAACCAACAUGCACAUCAAGAUCGAGCUCAAGGGUCCCGACGUGGUCGAGGGCGUCCUGGACUUGGUGGACUCGCUGGACGUCGCGGACAUGUGUUCCUACAGCAGCUUUGACCUGCAGAAACUCGAACGGGUGAGGAAGCUCCGUCCCCAGCGCUGCCCGUCCACCGGCGAGUAUCUAUACAAAACCGGGGCGCUCUUCAACCACAUCGACUCCUCCGGCAGGAGCCUCGACGACGACUACUACGCGCCCCCCUCCGCGUUCCGUGGCAGCAAAAACGACGGCGUUGCCGAGGCCGGAAAGGACUGGGCCGACUGCGACGUGGUGGAGCGGGCCCUGGCGGUCGGGGCCACCGAGGUCCACCUCAAGUACGACACCUGCACCAGGGACCUGGUGGAACGGAUCCACGCGUCGGGGCUCGGGAGCAUGGCCUGGUUCCGCGGGCCGAUCGGGAUGGGGGAGGACACCUCGUCCAAGUACUUGGACGUCGGCAACGAGGACCUCUCCAUGUACGAGGCGGUGGUGCGGACGGGAGUCCAGCAGCUGUGCGUGAACAAGCCCGACGUUCUGAUCGAGCUCCGCGAGCGCCUCUGGGGGCAGUCGCAGAGAACGGAGGGAGCCCGGCCCCCGGAAGACCGGAUCCGGCAGCUCGCUGCCUAGGUGGCCCGCCAUCGCCGUGCAAUGGCACACGACACGACACGAUACAAUAUAUGAUAUKAUCUGUA